UUGUCAGCGAAUCUGGAAAAGAAUAAAGUCAUCUGUCAAGCUCUGUUCACUUUGGUCCGACAUUCCUCACCUCUCUCCACCUGAGCUCUCUUUCCCUCCUCCGCUCUAGGAAACCGCCGCCACAUCAACCAAUAAGGCUUCAAAUCUCCACCAGGCGGAGAACCUGUCAUGGAUACGGGUGAUUGGAGAAUUCAAUUGCAGCCUGACUCAUGGAAAAGAAUAGUCGACAAAAUAAUGGAGACAUUAAAGAGGCAUCUUCUGUUUUCUGGUCAAGAGGCAUUACAAGAACUCAAGAAAUUUGCCAUACGUGUUGAGGAAAAGAUUUACACUACCGCCACCAAUCAGUCUGAUUAUCUGCGUAAAAUAUCUCUGGAGAUGCUUUCGAUGGAGAUCAGGUCUCAAAAUGCCAUGCCCACUGCCCCCAUGGAUCCAACAGCUGCCUCGUCUUCCCCCAACCCGAAAAUUGUCAAGAGGACACUUUUAUGCUUUGAAUCAAAUCCAUCUUAAUUCUUUCGCCCAUAACUUUAUGUGUGAACUGCCAAUGUUUCAUUUGUCUUCCUUGUUCAGUGCCUUCUUUUUUUCUUUGACAUGGUUUUCCCAUUUG